AUGCCGCCAAAGGCGAACGAAACGACCGCGAGAGCGCCGGAGCCACUCGUCGACCCUAUGACAGCUGAAAUUCUCGCCGCAAGCAACGAAGCCAGGACCGCUACCAAAACACUGAAGGAGAUGAACCAGAGCGAUCCGAGAUUCCAGGAACAAAAGGCAAAGGUGGCAGCGGCAAUGCAAGCCUUCAUAGAUCUCGCCACAUUUCUCACGACCUUCCAAGCUCUCAAGCGGCCAAGGCGCUCACCGCAGAGCCAUGAGGUACAAAUGGCACUACUGCCACUGCUAGAUCUCCUACAACAAUAUCGCAACGCCGAGAUCGACCUUCUGAAAUCACAGUGUAUUGAUCUGAUGCAGAAGGCUGCUAAAUCUCUUGUGGAGGCCGGUACCAAGGGCGCUGGUUUCCAGAUGGGGAAGUCAUGGCUUGCAUCCACCAAGGAUGACGGAGAAGGCCAAGAGCAGGGCAUCCGGGAUCGUAUCGAGUCUUGCGCCAACGACGAUGAGCCAAAUAAGGACGCUUUCGCACCGUACGUCGACGAGGAGAAGAUCUACAGGGGUGAACGCUCUGACGGAACUACCUUCCACAUGAAUCAUGGCACCUGCAAAGUGGUCACCGAUGAGAACGGCAGUUCUAUGAGAGCGCAGUACGACAAGAAGACAAGCGGUAGCGAAGGGAUGAUGAAUGUCGAGGAGCACGGCGAGGCCCACGGCCACAGCGACCUCGAAGAUGCACACGACUACGGCAAUGGUGAUGGCGACGGCAAGGCGCGCAGCCAACGACCAGUUCCAUCCGCUCAUCCCGAUAGCGAUACCGGUUCACUCCCGGACUUGAGGGUGGGAGGUUUGUGGCGCGAAAAGGCGAAUGCUAUGAGUGUAAGGCACAAGAGGAUGCAAGACUUGGAAACAGACGUUGUGCCGGUUGUCGCUUCCGGAUCGACCCGGGCAAUCUUGAUGAUUUGUACCCAGCGUUUUGCAAAGCAUGUGCUGUCGAUGUAUUCUACCGUUGACCUCAAUCUUUUCCGUUCUAGCGACUGCGAAUGUGGCGCGAAGAAUAUCGGACAAGGGCAGGUUCAAUGUGAUGAUGCCAGUAAUGGACUUGAAAGCACGCCGAACUUGCUGAAUACUGAAAGACUAGAAACCAACGCAUAA